CGCGUGUGAGCUCUCAGUGGUCCGCCCGUCGGCACCAGUCCCCGGUCAGUGGGAGACCGGAGCUCCCAGUGUAACGGUCCCGGAGCGGGAGACAGGAGCCUUUACGCACGGAGUCCUUGAGGACAUGGAGUGCGUGGGAAGGACUCGGACUGUGUGAGAAGUUUGUCCCUCAGACAUGGAGCCGCAGACGAGAAGACGCGUGAAGUCCCUCUUCAUCAUCUUCAUCAUCUUCAUCACUCGAGCCUGUCUCUGAGGUGAGGAGGAGGAGGAUGAGACCCGCACCGCGCCUGGCGAGGACCGACGCGCUGCUCCAGGCUGGUUGUCUCUGAGCAGGAGCGAGUCUCUGUCUCCGGCUCUGAGGACACACAUCGAGACCCUGUGUCCCCGCUUCUGAUCCGCUGCGGCUGCGGGAACUGCGCAUGUGUUGCUUUGAUCCUUUGUUGCUUUGAUCCUUUGAAGACUGCAAGGAAACAAUAGUUGGCUCGUACGAGAACAUCUUGAACUCACAGGUGAUGUCUCUGCCUCAGAGAUUCAAACUGUGCACAGGCUUCAUCUCAUCUCACCCUGACAUGUCUGCACCUCGCGCCUCUUCACGCUGUUCCACUGCUGACACUUCACGUCUCCUGGAAAUCGAGAAAUAAAAGAGAAUAGAAACCCUCCCCUCCUGCUCUGCACACCAGGCUGGUCUCUGGGGUUCUGACUCACCAUGGGCACUGUACUGUCAUUGUCGCCCGGCUCUCGCAAGUCAGGCUACUAUGACAACCGCCCGGGCUCGCUCAGCCACUACCCGAGCAUCAGCAGCCGCUCGCUCAACAGCCAGAAGGACCGCGGGCUGAAGAGGGGCCAGUCCAUCUUCCUCCCGGCGCUCACGUGGAAGCGACUGGUGGCCUCCACCAAGAAGAAGGGCAACUCCAAGAAGGGCCCCGGCUGCCCGGCGGCCCUCGGGGAGCCGCUCAACAACAACAACAGCAUCAACAUCUACCAAAAUGACCCUUUGCUGCACCUCAACCGCGAGAAUGUGAAGAAGUCGUUGUCCUGUGCCAACCUGAGCAGCUACGAGGGCCCAGCGGGACUGGGCCUGGGGCUGGGCUACGGGAUGGGGCUGGGUCAGGGGCACGGAUACGCCUACAGCAAAUCCCAGCUGCUCUCCUCUGUGAAAAAAGUCCCGGUGAACACGGUGACAUCGUCUCCGAAGCGUGUCAUCGUCCAGGCGUCCACCAGCGAGCUCCUGCGCUGCCUGGGGGAGUUCCUGUGCUGUCGCUGCUACCGCCUGAAGCAUCUGUCCCCGGCCGACCCGGUGCUGUGGCUGCGGGCCGUGGACCGCUCGCUGCUGCUGCAGGGCUGGCAGGACCAGGCCUUCGUCACGCCGGCCAACGUGGUCUUCGUCUACAUGCUGUGCCGAGACGUGGUGGACGGCGACCUGGUGGCGUCGGAGCACGAGCUGCAGGCCAUCCUGCUCACCUGCCUCUACCUGUCCUACUCCUACAUGGGCAACGAGAUCUCCUACCCGCUCAAGCCCUUCCUGGUGGAGGCGGGUAAGGAGGCCUUCUGGGACCGCUGCCUCGCCAUCAUCGACGCCACCAGCGCCAAGAUGCUGCGCAUCAACGCAGACCCGCACUUUUUCACACAAGUAUUUGCCGAACUCAAGAGGGAAGGCGGCUGUGGGCCUCAGGAUUACAAUCGGCUGCUGGACCGGUGA